AUGGAGGCGCUAAGUAGGUUGCUAUUGGCAUUGGUUGUAAAUGGUGUUAUAACAGGUUUCUUGAUCGGAGCCCCGAAUAGGGUUAUUAUUAAUAUUUCCCACUUAUUAUUUGCAGAUGAUACUCUGAUUAUGUGCGAAGCUGACCAAAGGCAGGUUCAAGCGCUAAAGGCCCUACUUUUUUGCUUUGAGGCAGUCUUUGGUUUGAAGGUAAAUCUAGACAAAUUAGAACUGGUGCCAAUUGGGCUAGUUCCUAAUACUCGCCUCUUGGCAAAAACGUUGGGGUGCAAGAUAGCUUCUUUCCUUAUGACUUACUUGGGACUUCCUUUGGGGAGUGCUUCGAGGGCUUCUUCGAUAUGGGAUACAGUGAUCGAGAAAAUAGAGCGGCGUUUGGUGGAGUGGAAAAGAAUGUACUUGUCCAAAGGUGGUAGAAUCACUCUGAUAAAAAGUACAUUAUCUAACCUACCCACCUAUUUCUUAUCUCUAUUCCCAAUACCAGCAAGUGUGGCAAUCCAUAUUGAGAAGCUCCAACGAGAUUUUCUGUGA